AUGGUCUCCAAGCUCGACAGUGCCAGUGUAGAUGCCGACACGAUCGUACAGCUCUCGGCGUGCGUCGUUCUCUUCGCCCUCCGAUGACGUCGUCGGCUUGUUCGGAGCGCCGCCCGUCGGACUGACGACCGCUUUUCCCCAUCCCCUACAGCUAUUAUGCUCAACUCUCAUUCAUUAUUACCAAACUACCCAUCAGGGUCAGGCCAUGAUCGCUUGCGCUGUGCUCAACUUGUCUCACCCGGCCGCCGAGCUGAACCAAUCGGUGACUCUAUCCUCUCGGCAGCUCAUCGAGUUCCACUGGUACCCAUUGUUUGCGUCAUCGGCUUCGGCCCCCGUCGUAGGAGCUUUCGACUCGGCGGUAUCAGUUCCCAUCGCGAGCUUGCACUUUGAGCGGGUCGCAGUCCUGUACAACAUCGCCGCGAUUCACUCCAUCCUCGCGACCGCGACCAAGCGGAUCGAUGAAGCGGCGAUGAAGAGCAGUAUUGCCGGACUUCAGGUACGACAACCAACUAUGGGUCUCGCGGCCACAAUUUGCUGAGCUGGGACUGGCCCUGUGUACCAUUUCUACAGAAUGCGGCCGGUGUGCUUUCCCACCUUCUCACUCUUCUCCCCCUUCUCGCCGACGAGGAUGACCCAGAGCAAGACCCCAUGUCGCCGGACUUUACACCCGAGUCGAUCGAGGCCCUUCGUGAUCUCUGUCUCGCUCAAGCCCAAGAAGUGUUUUGGCAGAAUGGAGUCCUUGGUAAAAUAAAACACGCUCUCGUGUCGUGCUUGAGUUGCCGUUCGGUCCGCUGAAGAAAUGGUCAAUAUCGCGCAGGUCGACUUAAAAACGGAACCAUCUCAAAAUUGGCUGUCCAGGUCUCUUUGCAUUACUCUUCGGCUCUAGCAUCGGCAAACGCAGCCAAGACGAAGCUCAAGGAGACGCAGUGGACGGGGACAUGGGCUUUUCCUGAUGUGAGUCGAAAUCGCGUAUCUCCGAGGAAAUGGACCACCGUGGUUAUGGUCUGAUGCUCCCUAAAUAUUUGCUCUCCCAGUCGCUCUUGAGCUAUAUGUCCAUCAAGGCCGGUCACUUCAAUGCUGUAGCACAGUACCGGAAGAGUAUCGACGAUCUUGGAGCCAACAGGUCUGUAGGAGGCGAUGCGAUCGAGCCCUCGACCCAUCGCCCCUGACUCAACCAUGCUCCUUCUUGCUUCCCGAACAGAUACGGCGACGAAAUUGGGCGACUCGAGGUGGCAGACGCUGCCGUAAAGAAGGCAUUGACGGUGUCGAAGCGGGGCGUGGCUGACCCGGUAGUCCGAGAUCUCAAAGUGAGUGAUCGGAACACCUGACCCGAGCAGUCUUUGGGUCGCAGCUGACAACGAAUUCACUCACCAGUCCCUACAAACCGUUCUCACCGAUAACUUGGCUCGAGCGACCAAAGACAACGACCUGAUCUACCUCUCCACGCCAACACCUCUGUCUUCCCUUCCCCCCAUCACACCCGCCGCCAUGGCUAGAGCCACGACGGCUGCAGAAAUUGUCUCGCCGCUCGAUCAUUUGCAAAUCGGGAGGUUGGGCAAGCCGUUGUUCGAAGGUCUCGUGCCUUGGCAGGUACAUGCGGCGGUCAAGGUCUAUGAGGAUCGAAGGGAGACCUUUAUCAAGGACGAGGUGUUGGAGAAGAAGGGAGCUUUGGACGCUUUGAGCACUCGGUACGUUCCAUACCGACGGGCUCUCUCUCCCUCUCUGGGGAAGCGCUCAAACCCGAUUUUUGCGAUUUGCCGACACUCUUGUACAGGACUUUGCAAGAACUCAACCUGCCGGCGGCGAUCGAUGCCGUCUUGCAACCGACGGCAUUGCCAGCUUCGGUCCUGGAUCAGUCCCGCGAGGUCAAGGCCGAGGGAGGGACGGAGAAGCUAAGGUCGUUGAUGCAAGACGUGCGGAGAGUGGCCAGGGUCAACCAGAAGCUCCUGAACGAGGCUGUCGCCCUUCUCUCACAAGAGUCGUUGGAGGAUGGGCAACUUCAAGCUCAGUACGGCGCUGGUGCGGCGCACCGAGUCGGCUCGGGAGAGGCUCAGGCGGCGCUCAGGACUCGGGCUGACAACCUCGGAGGCGUCAUGGCUGCUGCCGGCCAGAGUGAUCAGCUGGUUCGUAACAAAUUUGGCGAAUGGGAGACCAAACUGGAGCUCUUGUGCGGUGACGAGGUAGGCAAGCUAGAGACCUGGAAACCUCAACCGAAUGGACCAAUGCUGAUCCAUUACUGCCCCUGGCUCCUGGACACUAGGCUCAGCUUGACGAGUUCGUCCCUCAAGUUGGCGCCUCGCUGACCUCUGGCCUCAAGUCGACACAGUCAACCACGAUCCGGCGACUACGGUCCUUGAUCGACGAUCUCCACGAACUGCGCUCGGCUCGUCAAUCCAUCAUCGACGAUUCGCGACGAUUCGUAGACGCCGACACUUCCGUACGGAGCAAAAUCGAAAGAGCCGCAAACGACUUUCUCAAGAAGGGUGCUAGCUUGUCGAUGAGCAUGUUUGAAGGGGUCUUCGAGAACGAGUUGGCCAAAUUUGAUGGGUUGAAACAGGCGAUGGAGCAGAAUGGAGCGAGGACGGAAGAUUUGGUGGGGCAUGUCAAGGUGAGUCGCCGGAGGAAUUCUAGGGUCUUGCACCAAAGGUUAAGUCCUCGUUGAUUCUAUGAUGUAGAUCGCCCAUGCAUCAUUCGUUGAUUCGCGUCGCACCGAUCCGGCCUUGGCGAGAAGGACCCAAGCACUCGAGGACCUUGAUGGAGCGUAUCACAAAUACCGCGAGAUCCUGACAAACCUUCAAGAAGGACUCGGGUUCUAUAAUGACUUGGCUAGACUGUUGACGGAGCUUCGGGAUUCGGUCAAGGAGGUAAGACGACCCUCGGGGCUUCGCGUGAGAGCUCAGCAGCUGAUCAUGGCCUUUCUUCGAUUGGGCCCUCCAGUUCACUCAAAUCCGAUCGCACGAAGUCAGACACAUCGAACAGGAGCUCAGAGCGCACAUGGAGAAUCUCUCGAUGCAGAGCGAAACCAAAGAGGAGCCGGUCGAGGAGCCGAGGAGAAGGAUCAGCCCGCGGAAGAAGACAGUGCCCAAGGCAACCUCGUCGUGUCCUGCCCCGGCAGCUGGUGUUGCUGAGCUGCAUGGUAAAGCCUGGGAUCCUUCGAUGGGUAUUCGGUUUGGGUAG